GGUCCCUGACGUGUGCGUGUUAUCUUGCGACGGUUCUAAACCCCAUCGAGAGCCGCGCACUGCUACCGUCCGAGGCAUAAAUUACUAUACCGACCUGUCAGGCAUGCCAAACCUAACCGCGACGGACGGGUCUUCCCCGUAGCCCUCUUAAACUCACUCAGUGGUUAACGGUCACCCAAGUCAUGGAUGCUUCCGCCGACUCUGAUGGUGAACCCGCAGCAUGCGUUGUGCCUACAACUCCGUUCGAUUUCAGCAUACGCUUGGGCCUGGUCUUUAUCGUUGAAGCCGCAACAUUGUCUGCCAUUGCCGUGCUAGGGCUCUUAUCGUACAUCGGCUACAGUGUAAUUCGGACGGGACGUGGUGGGACGCGACACUGGUCUACUGCUACGCAUGUCCAUUGGUACUUCUUGAGUCUAAUGGUGUCAGAUCUUGUGCAAGCAGUCGGAGGUAUCAUUAACAUCCAAUGGAUUAGUGACGCUGCUGUUACGGACGGCCCCUUAUGCACAGCUCAAGGUGCACUGAAGCAAUUGGGCGAUGUCGGAGUGGCCCUUGCGUCUUUGGCAAUAGCUAUUCAUACGUUCUCCGUGAUCGUCUUCAAAUGGCGGCCUAGCUCCAAGCCCAUCAUCGCCUUCACCGUUCUGAGCGUCAUCUGGCUGUUCCUUAUUCUCAUUGUCAGCAUUAGCUUCGCCACCCACAAAGGACGCACUUACUAUGGAAACACUCAGUAUUGGUGCUGGAUUACCUCUGCAUAUCCUGUCCAGCGUAUAGCAUUGGAAUAUGUCUGGAUGUGGAUAUCCUCCCUCCUGAACAUUGUCCUCUACGUUCCAAUAGCACUUGUUCUCAAAGGCGUUAUUGCCGUUUCCGGGGGCCGCUUGCGCGUUCUGCAUCGCAGGGAACGAAGGCGUCUCUCUGAAGUAUUGCAUACGAAGGAAGCCACGGACCAUGUCGCAAUCAAAAUGUUAUUCUAUCCAGCGGUGUAUACUUGUACGGUCCUUCCCAUCGCCAUUGUUCGCUGGCGGGCGUUUCUUGGGCAUUGCGUCCCUUGGGCAGCAACAGUUGUUGCCGAUGUCAUAUUUGCAUCCUCUGGCCUUCUCAACGUUCUUUUGUUUACGAUCACACGCCCAAACCUUCUCCCUCGCCGCGACACGACGACAACCCUCCCAAGGCUGGGCCUACACUCCCGCUCGUCAUCUGGAUACCCGCAAAGCACGAUAUACUUAUCUACUUCACCGAGAUCGGAGGGAACAGGACCAGGCUACCCACUGGCAAUCGCUGGCUACAAAGGCACAGAGUCUGAGCGUGCAUCUUCAAUGGCACUUGACCAAUUACCCAAGGUACAUGUGGUUCCCACAUCGCCAUCUAGCCCCAACCAUAGUCGACGAAGUUCAUGACUACUGUAUGAUAUGCUGACCAACCAAUUAGCCGUCAUUGACACUGCCCUCAAUCCCGUGUACCACUUUACCUCUUAUGACCAGUACUGGCCCAUUUGCAGUGCCUCCUAUCUACUUAAUUCUACUGUAUAACGCAUCUUCAGGACGAUCUAUAACUAGUACAAUACAAUACACGGUACACUACAUAUC